GUGUCUGCGUGGCUGAGUGUAUCUCGGAUCUGUUUUGUCAUUGCAGAAGGAAGAUCAGUGAUCAUGUGCUCACCAUGAGGUCGGAAUGAGCUACUUGCUAAGGUCCAUAGAGGAUGAACUACACGAAAAUUAUUUAAAUAGAAAUAAGAUAUUAAAUAUUAAAACCAUAAUAAAUUAAAAAAAAAAAGAAGAAUCGAGGGUUGUGCUAUCAAAUGUUCGUGCAGAUAUGUGAUGAUCUUGUUCCUUUUCUAGCAUUGGCAUUGAUUACAGAAUCCACCGCCAUGCCCUAAGCUAAACCCCCUCCUAUAAACUCCCAUCUUCCCCCUCAUCUUUGCCUACCAAAUUGGCGGCUAUAGCCCUUCCAACUCUGCAAACCAACCCAAUUAAUUGCAGACGUCGGAUGAGGAUGCGCCUGAUGUAGCGGAAGAGCAGCCGUAGGAUGUGGGAUUGGGAAAUCUGGCUGGUGUCUGCGUGGCUGCGUAUAUCUUGGAUCUGUUGUCAUUGCAGAAGGAAGACCAGUGAUCUUGUCUUGAACAUGAAGUUGGUUAUGUGUAGUGUUGGCUCGAAUAGCUCCUCAAUGGAACCUCCUGUCUGUCUUUUCACGGGGCCACAAACUGAGCCUGUCGGUGUGGACGAGCAGCGGCAGGAUUACUUGAUGGGAAAUUUAGCCGGCGUCUGCUUUUCUGAGUAUGUUUUGGAUAUGUUCUAUUAUUGCAGAAGGAAGAUCAGUAAUAAUGCUGUGGUUAGUAGUCUCCCCAACUUAAUGUUCGUGCAGAUAUGUGCUGAUCUUGUUCCUUUUCUAGCAUUGGCAUUGAUUACAGAAUCCACCGCCAUGCCCUAAGCCAAACCCCCUCCUAUAAACUCCCAUCUUCCCCCUCAUCUUUGCCUACCAAAUUGGCGGCUAUAGCCCUUCCAAUGCUGCAAACCAACCAAGUUAAUUGCAGUCGUCGGAUGAGGAUGCGCCUGAUGU